AUGGUUUUUGUGUAUGUUGUAGCUAAUUUGUUGAUGAUUGUUGGCUUGAUUGUUACAACAACAAUUGCUUAUUAUAAUUUUAAAGCUGUUACUCCAGAUGAAGCUGAAAAGUUUAUUGUUCUUCGAUUCAAUAGUGAUAAAUAUAAUAAUGAUAAUAAUACUAAAUUAUUUAUUGAUGAAUUUCAAUCACUUCAACAAUGUUGCGGUAAUGAGGGUAAAAAAAAUUACAUCGAUGAUGGAAAUUUUCCACAGUCUUGUUGUUCACAAGAUGACUUUGAUAGACAAACUUGUUAUAAAAAUUCUUACAAAAUGGGUUGUGUUACUAAAAUCCCUGAAAUGAUGCAAGAAUUAAAUGCAAUUAUUUACAAUAAAUAUAGUGAAAGAAAAGUCCUUUUAACAGCUGCUAUUGUCAUUGGAAUUAACGAGUUUCUAUCUGUUGUAUUGGCAUUAAAAUUGGCACAAUCUAUCGCGAGAAAUCGACGAAGAUCUUAUGUUGCUUAA